CGACGUCGCGGCGGCGCGGCGCGUUUCCCAGCGAGUUCGAAUCGAAAAGCGAGCACUCGAUUCGACGGAGAGGGCACCCCACUCUCCCCAAUCCCCAACCCCGGCGGCGGUUGCGGCGGCGGCACGCGGCGGAGAUGCUGCAGUUCCCGGCGCUGAUGCGGCAGUGGCCGUCGCCGCCGCUGAUCCCGGCGUCCACGCUGCUCCCCGUCCCCGCCACCACCCAGGAGGACGAGCUCCUCCUCGCCAUGGCCGAGUCCGACCUCGAGGACAAGCUGAACGAGAUCCGCAAGACCAACAGUAACCUGGUGAUCAUAGGCAAGCCAACCGGCGACGUCAAGGAGGAGUACGACGCCGAGGCCGAGGACGACGACGCCGACAACGUCGAGGAGUCCGACGGAGACGACUUCGACCAGGAGACCGGCUGAGCCGGCCCCCGACUCCGACUCCUCCCUUCGGGUUUGCACCGCCUGCCCUGGUGCCAUUGCCCUUUCUUCUCUGCUCCCAUAUUUAUUGCGUGCGUGCUACAGCUUGCUAUCCCCAAUCUGAUCUAUCUCUAUGUGUUCAGUUUACCUAGUAGUUUUUUUCUUGGAAAAAUCUUAAUGCUUCCCUUAUUGCUUGAAUAACAUGUAUCGGAAUAGCUUGUUGGUGCAUUUGCGUGUCUCAAUUUAAGAAUCUAGUAUUAGUUUCCUAACUGUGUGCAAGUGCCCGUAGCCUUGUGUAAGUGCUCUCCUUUUUAUACUCUUUUUUUCCCAAAGAGUAAAUUUCACAAAACCUUGUAUUUUGGGGCAUCCGGAACGCAAACCCCCCAAACCGGUGGUUUUGUGUUACGGAUCAUCCAAAACCUGAGGACCGAGCUGAUCAAGUAUCUAUAGAAGUUGCAUAAUGAUGCUUUAAUCAAUGCUUGAAUUCAUGGAUGAUUUGUAAAAAAGGUACUGUACACUACAUUAGAGUCCUGUUAAAAGGAAAAAUUAUUAUGAUCAUAGGUCUGUCCUGCUCA